UUGACAGACUCUGCGCUGAUCAGUAGAACAGCUGGAGUGGUUAACAGCAUUUUGACUUGUAGCCGCACGGAAAGCUGUAUUUCUACGAUCAUCUGAAUUGUUAUUAAUGGCGAUGCUAGGUGCGAGUACCUUUGUCAGAAGACUGUCAACGUCGAGGACACUUUGGUCAAAAAUGAAAAUAGCUGUGAUAGGUCAAAGUCAGUUUGGUCAGGAAGUAUAUAGUCUUUUACGGAAGAAUGGCCAUGAAGUGGUUGGAGUGUUCACAGUUCCUGAUGUUGGUGGAAAACCUGAUCCAUUAGCUGUUGCUGCUCAUAACGAUGGUGUCAAAGUAUACAAAUAUCCACGCUGGAGAGUUAAAGGAAAAGAAAUCCCUGAAGUUGUUGAAGAAUUCAAGGCAUGCGGAGCAGAGUUAAAUGUGCUUCCAUUCUGCAGUCAGUUUAUUCCAAUGAGUGUUAUUGAUCAUCCAAAACAUGGCUCCAUUAUAUACCAUCCGUCAAUUUUGCCAAGACAUCGUGGCGCCUCAGCAAUCAAUUGGACUCUAAUGUGUGGUGACAAAAAAGGUGGCUUCACGAUAUUCUGGGCAGAUGAUGGUUUGGAUACUGGUCCUAUUUUACUACAAAAAGAGUGUGAUAUUGAACCCAAUGAUACAGUGGAUACUAUAUACAAUAGAUUUCUAUAUCCUGAAGGAAUCAAAGCAAUGGGGGAAGCAGUGGACUUGAUACAUGAAGGAAAAGCCCCAAGAAUAGCACAGUCUGAAGAAGGUGCCACAUAUGAUAAAAUAUGGAAGAAGAAAUCAGUUGCAGAGAUCAAUUGGAAUCAACCAGCAGAAGUACUACAUAACUUUAUUCGUGGCAAUGACAAACAGCCUGGUGCAUGGAGUACUGUUGAUGGACAGCAACUAACAUUUUAUGGUUCUUCAUUAUUUGACGGAUCUGAUCCAGAGGGAUCUGCUUUAGAAAUUCCAGGAAUGAGUAAGCCUGGAAUUAUUCAUAAAGAUGGUCUUGUAUUAUACGGAAACGAUGGAAAGAAGUUGAAUGUAAAGACUCUAUUAUGUGAAGAUGGCAAAAUGGUGCAAGCCAGUAGAUACGGUCAAGCAGCUGAAGCAAUGGAAAAGGUAGAACUUACACCGGAAGAAGAAGCCAUGGCUGCUGCAAUCAAGGCUGUUUGGGCUGGUAUUUUGAGUAAUGAUAAUAUUACAGCUGAAACAGAUUUCUUCAAAAUGGGAGCUGGCUCCAUGGAUGUUGCAAGGUUAGUAGAAGAAGUCCAACAGAAAUGUAACGGUAUUAAACUACAAAAUGAAGAUGUAUAUAUGGCUACAACUUAUGAUGAGUUUGUUCAGUUAGUCGUAAGAAAGGGACGAGGUGAAGGAGAAGAAGAAUUUACUUAUGAUGCAGUGGAAAUGGAUGUAAAUAAUAUGAAUUUGAAAUUUCCACAUCAACUUUUUAUAAAUAAUAAAUUUGUAGAUGCGCACGAUGGCAAAACAUUUGACACGAUAAAUCCCUGUGAUGAAUCCGUCAUAUGCAAAGUAGCAAAGGGAUCUGGACCUGAUGUGGAUAUUGCAGUCAAAGCAGCAAAAGCUGCCUUUGAAGAGGGUGAAUGGGGUAAAAUGAAUGCAAGAGAUAGAGGAACACUCAUGUACAGAUUAGCUGAUAUAAUGGAUGAACAUAAAGAAGAAUUAGCUACAUUAGAAAGUAUUGACUCUGGUGCUGUGUACACACUAGCACUGAAAACUCAUGUGGGAAUGUCUAUUGAUACAUUCAGGUACUUUGCUGGAUGGUGUGACAAGAUUCAGGGUACAACAAUUCCAAUCAACAAUGCUAGACCAAAUAGAAAUCUGACUUUUACUAAAAGAGAACCAUUAGGCGUAUGUGCUAUUGUCAUUCCAUGGAAUUAUCCAUUGAUGAUGCUCGCAUGGAAAAUGGCAGCUUGCAUCGCUGCUGGUAAUACAGUGGUUCUCAAACCAGCCCAAGUUACACCAUUAACGGCUCUUAAAUUUGCUGAACUGUCAGUCAAAGCUGGAUUCCCACCCGGCGUAAUCAACAUCCUUCCUGGUUCUGGUGCUGUUGUCGGUCAAGCAAUGUCAGACCAUCCAGAUAUUCGAAAGCUAGGUUUUACUGGCUCUACUCCCAUUGGUAAACAUAUCAUGAAAAGUUGUGCACUUGCCAAUCUGAAGAAAGUCUCACUGGAAUUGGGUGGUAAAUCACCUUUACUCAUCUUUAAUGAUUGUGAUUUAGACAAAGCUGUCCGAAAUGGUUGUGGUGCUGUGUUUUUCAACAAAGGUGAGAACUGUAUUGCAGCUGGUCGUCUCUUCGUGGAAGAGUCCAUUCAUGAUGAAUUUGUAGAGAAAGUUAUUGAAGAAAUCAAAAAGAUGAAAAUUGGUGACCCAUUAGACAGAUCUACAUCACAUGGUCCACAAAAUCAUCGAGCACAUAUGGAAAAACUAUUAGAAUAUUGUGAUAUUGGUGUGAAAGAAGGUGCAACGCUAGCCUAUGGUGGUAAACAAGUAGAUAGGCCAGGUCUAUUUUUGAUGCCCACAGUAUUUACCAAUGUUGAAGACCACAUGAUGCUUGCAAAGGAAGAAUCAUUUGGUCCUAUUAUGAUCAUUUCAAAGUUCAAGAAUGGUGAUGUUGAUAAUGUUUUAAAGAGUGCCAAUGCUACAGAGUAUGGUCUAGCUUCCGGUGUCUUCACUAAAGAUAUGAGUAAAGCCUUGUACUGUGCGGAUAAACUUGAUGCUGGUACUGUCUUUAUGAAUUGUUACAACAAGACUGAUGUGGCAGCUCCAUUUGGUGGUUUCAAACAAUCUGGAUUUGGCAAAGAUUUAGGUCAAGAAGCACUGAAUGAAUAUCUUAAGACGAAAUCAGUAACGGUUGAAUAUUGAGUGAAUUAAAGAUAAAAAUAUGAUUUAUUGUAUUUUGUGAGAUUCUCCGCAUAGAGUGAUGAUUUGCUGUUUUACAAAUGAGGCAGUCGAAACAACACAACUCUUUAACAGUUUUAUCUGUAACAUUUCCAGAUUUUUAAAAUAAACUAUUUUAAUUUCAGAUUAUUUUAUUAUAAAACUAAAGUUGAUAUCCUCACUCACUCCCCCAAAACAAAACAAUUAAUUUCAACUGGAGAAUAUUCUGAGUUUAAUUUUAGCAAGCCAGGGAAUCAGACUCUGCUACUUUCCACUGUUGUCAAGACUUGCUACUAAGAUUUGUCUUAUUGCAUUGUCAUGAAUAAUGCGAUGGUCCCACAUUUUGUUACUGUUGCAACUGUUGGUCUCUUUAGCAUGGGGAGGGGGCGUACAACUGUCAAAUAAUGUUUCAAAAAAUUAGCAUAUUCAUAUCAGUGUGCUAUAUUUAUCAAUCAAUCACUGUCAGUCACCGUAGAUGAUAAUCCGGUAGAUUUGAUGAUUGAUUUGAUUUGAUUUGAUUUGAUGAUCAAUUUGAUUUGAUUUGAUGAUGGAUUUGGAAAUUCACAGAAAAGAUUGUGUCUAUCUUUAUGCAUAUUCAUUGGGCUUUAUUUUUUAUACACGUAGCUGUCAGCAAAAAUAAACCCUAGUGAGUAUUUAUACUUCACAUUACUGCAGACAUGUACAAGUUUUAUCAAAUUUCCUAAUAUAGCAAUAAUACAUCAUCUAUAUUCUAUCAUUGUUUGUGAUUUUGUGUGUCGCUGCAUCAACUUUCCACAUGCAAUCAAUUCUAAUAAUAAAAUUGUAUCAUAAUGAUAAUAUUGAUAUCAAAUUAUAUUUUCUGGAUUUAAGCAGUGAUAUUACUCGACUCAAUAUACUAUCUUGAAGAGAGAUGUGUUACUAUAGUGACUUGUAACCAUGGAUAUAUCAUUCCUUAUUCAGUUGUUUAUGUGUUUGAUUUUCAGUAUAUUGACAACAGUAAAUACAUAUUUUAUUGUAAAAACCAUUGUAGAUGAGUGGAACACAUUAAUGUAAAUCAACUAGCAUUUUGUGGAUGUUAUGUGAAUAAAUUGAAUUAAUAGAAAUGCAAAAA